UUUUUGUUUGCUUUGCUUGCGUGCGUGCUUGCUUGCUUGCCUGGAUCGCUCUCUACUUCCACGCUGCAUAAUGAUCCAGGUUCUGGCCAACGUCGUCUUGCUUCGUGAAUUCUAUGUCUACAUACUCAUCUGCUAGGGAGGACUGUUACGUUGCUUCUAGCUUCCGAGCCUUUCUUUUCUCGGGUUGGACGAGCCUGUGCGAAGGACGCAGAACUCGCCUCCGCCAGAUAGGAGUCUCCCUGGAAGUAGGGGAUGAGGAAUAUGUUAUGAGUUUGGGAAAGAGAGUGGGUCGUCCUUUUGGUAUCUUUCGAUGGUACUCGUACUGAGGUCGGUUGAGCUUGGAGCCGGUAUAAUUAUUUUCUUCGCCUUACGAUGUCGUAACGUACAUGCACAUCUUAUGAGUGAUCAGGGGUGGUCAGAAAAGCAUCGAAUAAUAUAAUUAUCCGAGAUUGGACGUUACCCAGUUUCAUCACUGAAUGGCUCUUUCAUCACCUCCUCUUCCAGUGCCGCCAUCAGCACUGAAUAAAGGCCCAUACCCUAGUCAGGAUUCUAUGCCUUCUUCACCGACUUCGAAUAACUCAACCGUAGCUUCUCCCCAAGCCUCUCCGCGGGUGGAGGCUCAACAAUUGUCUACUCAACAGAAUGCUUUGCUUUCUGUUGCCUUCAAUCAAGACUAUGGAUGCUUUUCAUGUGGCACGCAGACAGGAUUUCGUGUCUAUAACUGCGAUCCCUUCAAGGAAGCAUUCUAUAAAGAUCUAGAUGGCGCGGGAAUUUCUAUUGUCGAAAUGCUGUUUAGGUUACACAUUUUAGCUUUGGUUGGUGGAGGCAAAUCACCGAGGUACUCCCCCAAUAAGGUCAUGAUUUGGGAUCAUCAUCAGAGCCGGUGUAUUGGGGAACUGUCAUUUAGAAGUGAAGUUCGAGGUGUUCGCCUUCGAAGGGAUAAGAUUGUUGUUGUCCUGGAAUCUAAAAUAUACGUGUACAACUUUGCUGAUUUGAAGCUGCUUCAUCAAAUCGAGACUUGGUCCAACACCAAAGGAAUUUGUGCACUCUCUCCCGCGCCAAAAACAUGUGUUCUUGCAUGCCCUGGUCAGCAGAAGGGUGAAGUGCGGGUUGAGCUAUACAGUUCAAAGAAAACAAAGUUUAUACAGGCACACGAUUCCUCAUUGGCUUGCCUGUCACUUUCUCUUGAUGGAUCUCUCUUGGCCACUGCAAGUAACAAGGGCACUCUUGUUCGGAUAUUCAAUACUGCUGAUGGCACGAAGUUGCAAGAGCUUCGACGUGGAGCAGAACAUGCAGAAAUAUAUAGUAUUGCUUUUCAUCCGAAUCUUCGUUGGCUUGCCGUUUCUAGUGCCAAAGGCACAGUGCAUGUGUUUACAGUCAAACCAACCACUGAAGAAGCUCAAACCGAGGCAAUUACGAAUGCGUUCUCACCCUCUACAGGAUCAGCUUCAUCUCCUAGCAAGACUAAUGAUAGCCCUUCAAAAGGCAGUUCUUCGUCAUUGCUGUCUUCCGCGUCCGCAAACGCUGGUUCAUCACUUUCUUUCAUGAAGGUUGUGCUGCCCAAGUACUUUAGUUCAGAGUGGUCCUUUGCACAGUUCCGUGUGCGUGAGGAGACCAAGGCGAUAGUAGCUUUUGGAACUCAGAAGAACACGAUUGUCAUAGUCUGUUCGAAUGGAAGUUUCUACAGGUGUUCAUUUGAUGGAAAGAAAGGUGGAGAAAUGGUACAACUUGAAUACGAACGUUUCAUGAAGCCCGAAAGAAGCGAUGAGGAAACCGUGCCCACAUAGGUUGCUGAGCUGAUCUGUACUCUUGUAAUUCCUCUCAAGGAAAAAAAGAAUCCAAUGAUUGCCUUGUAGCCACACUUGGGAAGACUCAACUAUUUGAUCAUACUCUGGUGUGUAAAACCCUGCUUCCGCUUUAUCCACGACGUCGAAAGCUUCAUCAUUCAUUCUUGAUUGAAAUCGAGAGCGAUGGAUAGGUGGCUUUGUUAACAGAACAGGGGUAUACUCGCAUAAAGAGGCUGGACUUCAAGCUUGUCUUCACCUGUUGCUGUGUUAUGUAUAUAGCACCAAAUGAGAUUUUAUGUUUUGAUUGUACAGUGAUGGAACGUGGCUUAUGGAAAUUGUACAGUAUCAUAGCGGAGUCUCCAAUCUGGCCCUCACUGCUCUUGACAAAUGAUUAGGUUUGCAUGUUGAUCUAGAAUCAACUCAGCUUUCUAAGUUGUGCAGGGUUACAUUAGCUUCUAGAACACGUUGAAUGGCAUGUGCAGAUUUGAGUGUGGUUUAUAUUUAACCUAGAGCUUGAGACCAUAUUGUUAAAUCUAUUCUUCUUUCAAAUUGGUGCACUUCAAUCUUGCGAGGUAGCACUCUGGCGAACUUAAAGAC